CUAGAAACACAACAGUUAUCAUAAAUGUUUUGCACAAAUAUAAUUGAAAUAACUCUUAACUAUCGUUUUGAAAUAAAAGCUAAUCUUUCUUAUCUGAUCUGCAGAGAGGAAGUAAAAUUUUUGUUCUUCAUGUACUGCUCCUCAUCCCGUUUUAAGUGUUUAUAUUGCAGAUCCAAGAUGGAUCUUGAGAUAUGUUUUAUCUGUGGAGUAAAGUUGGGACGAGGGAACAGAUCCGAGGUUGGAUCCCAGGAGAAAAUGGAGAAGCUUGUUUCAGUGAGUAACACUGUGGAACACUCAAGUACUAUAAUCUCCGAUAUACUGUCCCGGAUUCUGAAUGAAACCGUGAUGAGAGAGGAGAGUGUUUGUAGAAUUUGUUUCAAUCUCCUCAACGAUAUAGAUUAUCAUCUCAAGGAAGCUCAAGAGAAAACUGAUGAGAUCACUGCAAAGUUCCUGGACAAGGAAAAAGAUCCUCUACACUAUAAUCCCAGUAGCCUAGUGGAUCCUAGGAACCAGGAUACUAACAACCCAGUCACUAAGAAGAGAAGGAUGUUUGGUAAACUCGUUACAACCUCCGGUGGGAGACCAGAUGCUGCUAUUAAGGGUACACAAGAGGAUCUCGGAGAUCCAAAGAAUCUAGAAUAUAUUAGCAUAGGAACAGAUCCAAAUAUCCCAGUGACUGGUAAACUUAUUAACUACGCCCGAUACAAUCAAAGGUCGGAGAAAAAGCUUGAAACCAAGAAUAUUCAGAUAGUUGGGAUUCAGAACCCACGCAGAUCAAACCUAGCUCAGAGUCCUGCACCGGACUCCGAGGUUGGAGCUAGCAGCGCGGACGAAAUGACCGUAAAUGAACUAGCGGAGAAGAAGAGAAGAUUAAUCUCAAGAGUUCUCGCUCCUAAUAAACGGUCCAGGUAUGAGGUACGGGAUGACCCCGAUGACAUUGAUUUUGAUGCUGAUGGGGCUCCGAUCUAUGAGGAAGAACUAACGAUUGAUACAGAGAAGGAACGUUAUGAGAACGAUGACGACCGGGAGGCGGAACGGGUUAAGAGAAAGAAGGAAAAGAAGAAAAAGAAGAAGGAGAAGGAGAGGGAGAGAAAACUCCGGUCUCUUCAGCAGGAGAGAGAGAAAAGAGAGAGGGAAGAGGUUCGGAGACAGGAUAUAGUUCUCCGUCUUACAGAUGAUGAAUCUGAGGUGGAGGAAACUAAAGAAAAUACUUCACCCAAGAAAACCAAAGAUAUCCGAACAGUAGAUUUGGCCCAGCUGGGUGAUCUUUUCUCAUCUAAAUCUCCAGAAAAGGAGAUAAUUGUUAACCAACAGAUUGUAGCAAAGAAGACUGUUCCUACUCCUGGAGCAAGAAAACAAAUGGAUUUCUCAGAGCAAACCUUCUACAUAGUUCCUCAGAUAUACAAUAGUGGUGAGGAACCUUGUAUCGGGGAGAUAAUUGCUCAAUCUGAACCAAUCACAAACAAUAUUAUUGUAAAGGAGAAUGCUUCGCUUAAUCUUCAGGAUAUAUCUGAUGAAAGUGAUGCUGAGUACACGACACAGACCCAGUACACCCAGAUAAAGACCUCGAAUACCUCGAUGGACUCCAUGGUUGUUGUAAACUCCCCUCAGAUCUACAGACAGCAGGGAGUAUCCAGGGUUCCUACACACCAGGAUCUAAACCAGUCUGUAGGAUCUAAAACUGGAGCUGUUGCUUCUAUAUCUUGUCCUCAUUGUGACAAGAAGUUCAUGCGAGGAUAUAAUAUGAGAGUUCACAUAGAUAGAGUUCAUAAUAAGAGUAAACCGUGGCAGUGUCAGUUCUGUGAGAAAUCAUUCGCAACCACCUCAGAUCUCAAGCAGCAUAUGUCCUCUCAUGGGAUGGGCAAAAUUCAUAAGUGUGCUGACUGUGGACGUCAGUUUAACAACAGGGACUCAGCAAUACUUCACAGAAAGCAGCAUAACAACGAGAGAACUCAUGUUUGCGUAGAAUGCGGGAAGGGUUUCUUUAAAUCUUCAUGCUUAACGAGACAUAUGAGAUGUCAUACAGGGGAGAAACCAUUCAGCUGUCAGUUCUGCGAUAGAAAGUUCUCCCAGGUAAAUAUAACAAAAUACACAAAAAUCAAAUCAAAUCAGGAGUUAAAGGGAAAGCUUGGCUCCAUUCUUCAGCCUGGAGUUUCAAGUCUCGAUUGUGAAAUGGGUUUUCAGCCUGGAUCUGAAUUUAUUUCGACAUUUGUUAUAAAUCAUGUUAAUGAUUAAUUUUUAAUGUUAAGC